CCGAGCGCGUGGCGCUCCAUGCGCAUGCGCACUGGUGGCCCCGCGAUGGCGGCGCCCGAGCAGUCACUGAGGAGGCGGAAGGUCGGGAAUGCGGGCGCCGAGCCUGGGUCUCCACCGGGGCCUGGGCCGGGGUGCGACCCCACGGGCUAUUCGGCCCAUCUCCGAGCGGGCACUUUCUGGCUGACCAGGAUCGUGCUCCUGAGGGCCCUCGCUUUCAUUUACUUUGUGGCAUUCCUGGUGGCUUUCCAUCAGAACAAGCAGCUGAUUGGAGACCGGGGCCUGCUGCCCUGCCGCACGUACCUGAAGAAUGUACAGCAGUAUUUCCGGGGCCCGGUCAGCUGGGAUGCCGUGAGCUACGCACCCACCGUGCUCUGGCUGCUGGACUGGUCACACAUGGACUCCAACCUGGACGCCCUCGCACUUCUCGGGCUGGGCGUCUCUUCUUUCGUCCUGGUCACCGGCUGUGCCAAUAUAGUGCUCAUGGCCACUCUCUGGGUUCUCUACAUGUCCCUGGUCAACGUGGGACAGAUCUGGUAUUCAUUUGGAUGGGAGUCCCAGCUUCUGGAAACAGGAUUCCUGGGGAUCUUCCUGUGCCCUCUUUGGACUCUGUCUCGAUUGCCCACGGGGACGCCCCCGUCCCAGAUCGUUCUGUGGGGCUUUCGGUGGCUGAUUUUCAGAAUCAUGCUUGGAGCGGGCCUGAUCAAGAUCCGGGGAGACCGGUGCUGGCGGGACCUCACCUGCAUGGACUUCCACUAUGAGGUCUUGACCAGGGUGGAUACAGGGCCUGUAACUCUGAUUUCGGUCCACAGAAGGAGUCUUGGCCAGCAGGGAGAGGACCAGACGCAGCCAGUACCCAACCCUGUGGCCUACUUCCUGCACCAGUCCCCAUGGUGGGUCCACCGCUUUGAGACGCUCAGCAACCACUUCUUGGAGCUCGUGGUGCCCUUCUUCAUCUUCCUUGGACGGCGGAUGUGCAUCCUCCAUGGGGUCUUACAGAUCCUGUUCCAGGUGGUCCUCAUCAUCAGCGGGAACCUGAGCUUCCUGAACUGGCUGACCAUGGUGCCCAGCAUGGCCUGCUUCGAUGACGCCACUUUGGGGUUCUUGUUUCCCUCCGGGCCCGGUGGCCUUAAGGACCGAGUCCUGAAGCUGCAGGAGGAAGCUGCCCGAGGGGCCCGCCCCCCUCUGCGAUACGGCUGCAUGGUGCGGCGGGCAGUGCACGUGGCACUGGGCAUCCUGGUGGCCUGGCUCAGUGUCCCCGUGGUCAUCAACCUGCUGAGUCCCACGCAGGUCAUGAACACCUCCUUCAACCCUCUCAGGAUCGUCAACACGUACGGCGCCUUCGGGAGCAUCACCAAGGAGCGCACGGAGGUCAUCCUGCAGGGCACAGCUAGCCCCAAUGCCAGCACGCCGGACGCUGUGUGGGAGGACUACGAGUUCAAGUGCAAGCCAGGUGACCCAGGGCGGCGGCCAUGCCUCAUCUCCCCCUACCACCACCGCCUGGACUGGCUCAUGUGGUUUGCCGCUUUCCAGACCUACGAGCACAACGAGUGGAUCAUCCACCUGGCAGGCAGGCUCCUGGCCAACGACGCCACGGCUGUGUCCCUACUGGCCCUCAACCCUUUCGAGGACAGGGCGCCCCCCAGGAAAUGCGGCUAAAGACCCCCAGCUGCACCUGCAGCCUCUGCUGGACGCUGUGAACCUUCUCUGAAUUCUAGAAAUGUUGAUUUCCUGGUUAACUCAUCAAAAAAAAUAGAGGUGGGGAUUUUAAUUUCCAGAUGAAUGGAUUUGUGGCUUUUAUCUUUAAUUUUAUCCCAUGCAUUUGUCACUCCCAAGCACCCCUCAGCCCCAAGCCCCCAGCACCCUUAUGAUUAACAUCCCUUUUAGAAGUGAGUAGGCUCCUGGGAAGGACAGCCUCUCAAGUCCUGAGGCAGCUGUUUGCCUCCAUCUGCCAAGAAGGUCCCCUGCUCAGCAGCACAACAACCUGUUCCCUGGGUCCAUUCCCCACGUUGACCUCUCUGCCCUGUAUCCACACAGUACAAAGAUGCCAUCAUCCUCAGGAAUGCAGUUUCAAAGCCACUGAGUAAAGUGGGACUGACCUAUCAGCAAAUAGACCAUUAAACUCCUAAAGUAAUCAAUGAAAUUAACAAGACUUUAGCUUGACUGACAGAGAAAGAAGAUGCAAAUAAUUAAAAUCAAAAUAAAGCGGAGACAUUACUACUGACCUUAUGGAAGUAAAAAGGAUUACAAGAGUGCUAUGAGCAACAGUACGCCAAAAAAUUAGAUCACAUCACUGAACUGACAAAAUCCUAGAAACACACAAACUACCAAAAGUGACUGAGGAAGAAACAAAGUUGUAAAAGAUCUACAAGUAAAGAGACUGCAUCAGUAAUCAAAAACCUCCCAAUAAAGAAAAAUACUGGACAAGAUGGCUUCAUUGCUGAAUUCUACCAAGAAUUUUAGAAGAAUUAACACCAAUCCUUCCCAAACUCUUCAAAAAAAUUAGAAAAGGGAAAACUUCCUAACUCAUGAGGCCAAUUUUACACUGAUAACAACAAAGUCAAAGACACCAAUAUCCCUUAUGAUUUUUGCAUCUGUAGGCAAAAAUCCUCAACAAAAUACUAGCAAAAUAACAGCAUGAUAAGAGGAUUAUAUGCCAUGACCAAAUGGCAUUGCUUAAGAAAAUCAAUCACUGCAGUACAUCACAUCAACAGAAUGCGGGGGGUAGGGGGGAACAGCACACAGUCUUCUCAACUGAUGCAGGAAAAGCAUUCAACAAAAUCCAACAACCUUUCAUGAGAAAAGCCCCUCAGGAAACUUCCUCAACAUAAUAAACAGUAGUUAGCAAAAACCCAGGGUCAAUAGUGAAAGAGUAAAAACUUUCCCCCAAAGAUCAAACUGAGACAAGAAUGCCCAUUGUCAUCAAUGCCACUUAACACCAUACUGAAGUUCCAGCCAGAGCAAUUAGUCAAAAAAACAAAAAGCUUUAAAGUAAAAAGAAAGAAGUAAAACCACCUCUAUUCACAGAUGACGUGAUCCUAUACAUAGAAAAUUCCAAUGAUCCACCAAAAGAAAAAACACCCACUAGAGCUAAUAAACUAACUCAGCAAAGUUACAGGGAAAAGAAUCAACACCAACAAAUCAGAUAUGCUUCUAUACACCAGCAAUGAGCAAUCUAAAACAGAAACUAAGGAAACAAUUUCAUUCACAAUUGCAUUCAAAAAAAUACCUACCAAAAAACAACCAAGGAGGCAAAAGACUUGUACACUCAAAAACUAUGUAACACUGCUGGAAAAUAAUGCUAAAGAAGACCUAAAUCAGUGGAAAGACACCCACAUCUGUAAACACGUGACAAUAGUGUUAAGAUGACAGUACUACCCAAAGCAGUCUACAAAGCCAGUGAAAUCUCUACUGAAAUUCCAAUGGCCUUUUUUUUUUCGUAGAAAUGGAAAAGCCAACGCUCAAAUUCACAUGGAAUUGCAAAGGGCCCCAAAUAACAAAAACAAUCUUUAGGAAGAAGUUGGAGGAUUCACAUUUCCUGAUUUGAAAACUUACUACAAAGCUUUAGUCAUCAAAACAGUGUGGUCUUGGCAUAACAAAAGACACGUGGACGAGAGAAAUAGAAUGGAAACCUAAUAAACCCUCACACAUAUGGUCAAAUUAUUUUUGACAAAGAUGCCAAGACAGGGAAAGGUCAGUUGGUGCUGGGAAAGCAGGCCUUAGAGCACUAAAGAAUGAAGCUGGGUCCUUACCUCACACUGUAUUCAAAAAUUAACUCAGGGGGCGCCUGGGUGGCUUAAUCGUUAAGCAUCUGCCUUCGCUCAGGUCAUGAUCCCAGGAUCCUGGAAUCGAGACCCGCAUCGGGCUCCCUGCUCCAUAGGAAGCCUGCUUCUCCCUCUUCCACUCCCCCUGCUUGUGUUCCCUCUCUCACUGUGUCUUUCUCUGUCAAAUAAAUAAAAUCUUUAAAAAAAAAAAGUUCUUAAAAUAAAAAAAAAACUUAGAAUGGAUGAAAGAGCUGAAAUUAUUAAAAGUCCCAAGAGAAAACAUGGAUUUAACAAUGGAUACUUAGGACACCAACAGCAGGAGCAACAAAAGGAAAACCAGAUAGAUUGGACAAUAUCAAAAUUUAAAACUUUUGUGCAUCUGAGGACAUUAUCAGGAAAGUGAAAAGACAACCCACAGAGUGGGAGAAAAUACUUCCAAGUUAUAUAACUGAUAAAGAGUCUAGUAUCCAGGAUAUAUAUAUACAGCUGAGCAUCAAAAAAGACAAACCCCAAUUCAAAAGGACUUGAUCAGCCCUUUCUCCAAAGAAGACACACAAGUGGCCAAAAGCACACAAAAAGAUAAUCAACAUCUUUAGUCAUGUGAAAACCACAGUAAGAUACUACUUCACACCCACCUGGGUGGCUGUGAUUUUUUUAAUAAACAGUAACAAGCGUUGGCAAGGAUGUGGAGAAAUUGGAAACUCUGUACAUUGCAGGUGGGAAUGUAAAUGGUGCAGCCACUGUGGAAACAGUCUGACAG